CAGCCAUGGCGCCGCGCUGGUGCCACCGUCCGUCCGCGGCGCUGGGAUCGUUAGUGCUGGUGGUGGUGGUGGUGGUGGUGUUUGGUCGGUCGAUUCAGGCCACUCCAGUGCUGCUCUCAGAUGCUAGUCAUCACAGCGGCGCGUUCGAUCUUUAUAACGACAAAGACCGACGGAGUACCUACAAUGGGUUCAAGAACUACAACGACAUGGACCGACAGAGUACUUACAAUUCGCUUGAGAGCUAUCCUGGCAUAGAACGACGGAACACCUACAAUGAUGUCGAAAAUUAUCCGGACAUCGACCAACGAAGCAGCUAUAACACAUUUGAGAACUACAUCGCAUACCCUCCGUACAGCGCUUCCAGUAACUACAACCCGUCCAGCAGUUACAGCUCAUCCAGCAGCUACAGCCCUUCCUACAGCUUCAACACUCCGUCCAACUCGUAUGGCCCGCCGCGCGCCGCGGCUGCCUGGGCUGGCUGGGGCGGCUGGGCCGGGUCCUUCGGCGGCUCCGGGGGCUACUCCGGAAACUCCGGGGGCUACUCUGGAAACUCCGGGGGUUACUCCGGUGUCACCCGGCACCACGUGCUGCGGCUGGAGCCCCGCUGCGACUGCGCCCCGAUCGACCUUCUGGCGCUGCUCUCCGGCGGCACGGCCCUCUGCGCACUCGGAAUAUUCUGCAUCCUACAGGCUACCGGUGGGUUCAGUUUCAGCACCGGUAACAACGUCUCCAUCGGAACCCGACAGCUGCUGGAGGGCUGGCAGCUGCCGGACGGCUGGCAGCGGUUUGAUACCUGGCAGCUGCCGGAGCGAGAGCAGCUGCCGGGCCGGCUGGAGUGGCUCCGGCGGCAGCUGGCCAGCUGGCUGCUGCCGGCGAUAGAGCAGCUGUCCGACCGGCUGCUGCAGCUGCCGGAGCAGCAGCUGGCGGACAGGGUGACCGCCGUGACCUGCAGGAUGGCCGGGCAGCUGGAAACGGAACACCCGGGACGAUCGGGCCGGUGCACCUGCUACUCGGGACUACUGGGAGCUCUCACUGGGUUCGCCUCCCUGGGCGGUCUCAUCGUGUACGCGCUCCAGCUGGCCAGCGCGGCGCUGACCUCCAGCGGGGGCAGCGGCCGGGCGCAGGUCACCGCCGGGUCAGCUGACAGAGGGGCGGGGGAGGCACUCAGUUCUCUGCUCAGACUGCUCACAGUCACUGGAUACGGGGCAGAUCUGAAGGAAGACGGCAGAAGUGGCAGUAGGAGUGCGGAGAGCUUCAGGAAAACGUGGCUGGACGGAACAGGUUGGGAGUAUCCUGGCGCCCUCCCAGGGUCACUGGAUCGAGCUGACCUGCCCUGUGUGCCGUACCAGCUGUGUGACAUCAACCGGCAGGCUGCGGGCUUUGGACCGACCCGGCUGACCGUCACACGGCUGGCAAGCCUGCCAGUUUCAUGGCUCCUCAGUCGCUCGGGCCAUGCGGAACUAUCGUUUGGACGGCUCUGCUCAGCUCUACAAGGGUCCUCAGAAAACCUCUGCCACAGCCGCUAUCCACAAUGUGACAUCACACCUGCUGGACCAUAGCUACGGGAUAUUUGGUACGACGUCAUAAUUGUACAACACUGUUGUUUUUCUGUCGGCCUGCAGAAUCAUCAGGCUACCGUUCGGGCAUUGCAGAAACGGAGCAUCAGCGAUGUGUAUGUGUUGAGAUUGUUGUCCCUUCCUGGUGGAAACUUCACGUCUGUGAGUUUUUAUUUAGUCUCGGGAGUAUGAUCUAUGUUGACAUUUUACGGCAGGUAACUACAUUAUUAUUUAUUUCUGCUGUUUAUAUCGAUAUUUUUAGUAUAGCAAUGUUCAUAAGUAUGCGUGUGUGCACAUGCCCUAUUUUUUGCGCUUGAUCAAGAAGCGUUAAUGUGUUUGUAGUGUAUUGAAUAGGGGAAGUUGGGGCAAUGCCGGAGUUGGGGCAAAGCCGAAAUUCGAGAUAUUUCGAAAACCGUACGACAUGGAUGCCAACUGUCAGUGAUGCUCUGAAGCUGAAGUGACUACAAUUAUCACAUGU